CAUCAAACACCUCGCAACCGUAUUGUCUCUUCUUCUACAUCGGCCAAACAAUCCCGCUUCCUUCCAUUUUCCGCUAUCUAUCCGGUUUAUUACUUCUGCUCUUUUUUGACGCCGAGGUGAUUUCCAUCCCUGUCAUCAAAAUGAUGCACUUUUUAGCCCUAAUCAAUAAAAUGUCCUCAAAGGUUCGAACCCUACUCAUUAAUCCAUCCGAAAAAGCUACCAUUCCUCCACCCACCGAGUUCAAGCGGCGGCGCCGACAUGGCUGUCGGCAACUCCGGCUUCAACGAGACCGAAGAUUUCGAAGAGUACAACCCCUAUCCUUACCAAGGGGGCUAUGAUAUUGCUCUCACUUAUGGCAACCCGCUUCCACCCUUCUCAGCCAUCUGCUACCCGAUGUCAGACGACUCCCCGCAUCCACCUCUCCAGCCGAAAGUCCCGGUGGAACCUCCUGCUUCGCCUGAGGCAAGUGACAGAGUUAUAUCCACUUCUGUUGGGCAUGAAAAUGACCUACCCGAGGCCGAUUAUGGCUCUUCUUACGGUUAUGGCGGACGGGGUUUUACCUAUGCAGAUUGCUGGUGGAAUCUUUCCGGAUCCUCACCCUUCACAAUGAAUGGUCAUGGUGGCUGGAGGGAUGAUGCGGAAGAGAUGAGUUAUUGGAGACCGUUAAGGCGGGCUGCUGACUACAUCUUUGGAUUUUCGCAAGGGUUUGGUGAGAGGAGAAUUGGAGUAGAUAGUUAUGGGAUUCCAAUCUAUGCUUACAAAAGCCAUGGGAGUGAUACUGUUAAUGUGGAGAUCCAGCCAGCGAGGACUGAAAAGUUGAAGUAUCACGAUGAUUCUGAAAGAUCUUCUACUUAUAACAAUUGGGAGGAUGAAAACUAUAGAUUGGACAGUUCUGCUCAUCCCUAUCUGAAGCAUUUACCUGAAGAUUCAUUUGAUGCUAAAGUUGAUCCAGUGAAGUCUGUAUUUUCUUGGGAACCUAGUCAUCGUGGACGUUAUGAUGAGCAGUUGUAUCCUCAAAGACAAUGGGUUCCCUUGUCUUAUGCUGAGAACGGAAAUCUGGAAAUGGCCUAUGAUAAACACUACUAUAGGGGUGCUCAAAAUGUUCAGCUAGAGGCAGUUGAGAAUUCAUUUGAGAAAUUGACCUAUCAUGAGACCUCUCAGGAAUUUUCUUAUACAGAUUCUUACUCGGGUUCAUCUUAUAGCAUAAAUGGAGAUGAGAAAAAUGCAUUUACUAAUGCUUACAAUGACUAUGAAAGGCAGUAUUAUCAGCUGUCAAGUGAUGUAGAGCUUGAACCUUACAAACCAACUUGGACCCGAUACCCUGGAUAUUACGGGACUUCUGAAGAUGCCUUUGCUGGUUCCCCUCCUUUUCAGACAUUGGAUUACUCUGAGGUUUACAAUGAAUCAUCUUCUCCUGGAUCUGCAUGGCAAACUUCUUCAUUUGAUAAAUUGGGCAAAGAGGGCAAGGUUCACAGUUCAGAGUAUGCAAAUCAGACACACCAUGAUGACCAUUCCCUUGAACUAGAACCUUUCAAAUCAACAUGGAUGCUGAAUCCCAAUUAUUAUGGCAGCUAUGAGGGUAUUUCUACUCAAUACGAGCAGCUAUAUGGAAGUGAUGGGAGUUCGAAAUUCCACAGGAUGACGAUGGAUCAUAUGGUAGCGCUUGGUGAAAAAAUACAUGACAGAUUGCCAUCGUGGAUCAUAUUCAAUGUUCGACAUAUGUUGGACUCGACACACGUUGGGUACGGUUGUUAUAUUUCAAGUUCACUGUACAAUAUGUUAUAUUUUCUAAUUAAUGUAGGUUCUUAAAUAGCUCUUUUAUUGUAAUGUUAUGUGCAUUGUGCAAUAUACAAUAAAGGAGUAUGAACUCUAUUGAUGAUGAAUUUAAAAGUGGCAAAACUUCAACUUUUAACCCAUAAGAGAAAGCCAUUG